GCUGCCCGCCCCGCUGUGCUCAGCCGCUUGUCCCUCCUGCUCUGGGAUUGUCCUGUUUUAAUGCAGACGGGAGGUGCGGUUCUGCGGCGGGAGGAGCUGGUUCCGGCUUCCGAACGGAGGAGCCUUCAGUCGAGCUGGGAUCCAACAAGCAGAGGAUUUGUUUAUGGGAAUCUCAAACACAACAUCGGCAAAUUCAUACAGGAGCGGCCAUUCACCUGCUCAACAUGUGGUAAGGGAUUCGCUCAGUUAUCCAGCCUGAUUACGCACCAGCGAGUUCAUGCCGGGGAAAGGCCAUUCUCCUGCUCGGAGUGCGGGAAAGGCUUUUCUCAGUCGUCCCACUUGCUGAUGCACCAGAGAGUUCACACCGGGGAGAGGCAGUUCAUCUGCUAAACAUGUGGGAAGGGAUUCACUCAGUCGUCUGACCUGCUGAUACACCAGCGAGUUCACACUGGGGAGAAGCUGUAAACCUGCUCCGAGUGUGGGAAGGGAUUUACUCAUUCGUCCCGUUUGUUGACACACCAGCGAGUGAUCGACGUGCAGGAAGGGAUUCAUUGAUUCAUUGAAUUUGUUGUAACACCAGAGUGUUCACACCGGGGAGAGGCCGUACACCUGCUCAAAGUGUGGGAGGGACUCACUCAGUUAUUAAACCUGAUAAUGCACCACAGAGUUCACACUGCAGAGAGGCCGUACACCUGCUUCGAGUGCAGGAAGGGAUUCACAUGUUCGUCCUAUUUUCUGACACACCAGUGAAUUCACACCGGGGAGAGGCCGUUCAUCUGCUCGACGUGCGGGAAGGGAUUCACUCAAUUCUACGACUUGAUGUCACAACAGCGAGUUCACACUGGGGAGAGGCCAUACACCUGCUCCGAGUGCGGGAAGGGAUUCACUCAGUCAUCCCAAUUGCUGACACACCAGCGAGUUCACACUGGGGAGAGGCCAUUCAUCUGCUCGACGUGCGGGAAGGGAUUCCGUAAGUCAUCUGGCUUGAUGACACACCAGCGAGUUCACACUAGGGAGAGGCCCUUUGCCUGCCCUACAUGUGGGAAGGGAUGCACUACGUCAUCCAAUCUCGUGAAGCACCAGCGAGUUCACACUGGGGAGAGGCCGUACACCUGCUCUGAGUGCGGGAAGGGAUUCACUCAGUCGUCUCAUCUGCUGAUACACCAGCGAGUUCACACUGGGGAGAGACCGUUCACCUGCUCAACAUGUGGGAAAGGAUUCACUCAGUUAACCAACCUGAAAAUGCAUCAGCGGGUUCACACCGGGGAGAGGCCAUUCUCCUGCUCAACAUGUGGGAAAGGAUUCACUCAGUUAUCCAACCUGAUGACGCACCAGCGAGUUCACACCGGGGAGAAGCCGUACACCUGCUCCGAGUGCGGGAAGGGAUUCACUGAGUUAUCCAGCCUGAUGAUACACCAGCGAGUUCACACUGGGGAGAGGCCGUACACCUGCUCGGAGUGCGGGAAGGGAUUCAGUCAUUCGUCCAAUUUGUUGACACAUCAGCGGGUUCACAACCGGGAGAGGCCGUACACUUGCUCCGAGUGCGGGAAGGGAUUCACUCAGUCGUCCCAAUUGCUGACACACCAGAGAGUUCACACCGGGGAGAGGCCGUUCAUCUGCUCGACGUGCGGGAAGGGAUUCCGACUGUCAAACGACUUGAUGACACACCAGCAAGUUCACACUAGGGAGAGGCCCUUUGCCUGCCCUACAUGUGGGAAGGGAUGUACUACGUCAUCCAGUCUGGUGAUACACCAGCGAGUUCACACUGGAGAGAGACCAUUCACCUGCUCAACAUGUGGGAAAGGAUUCACUCAGUUAACCAAGCUGAAAGUGCAUCAGCGGGUUCACUCCGGGGAGAGGCCAUUCUCCUGCUCAAUGUGUGGGAAAGAAUUCACUCAGUUAUCCAACCUGAUGACACACCAGCGAGUUCACACUGGGGAGAAGCCGUACAAGUGCUCCGAGUGUGGGAAGAGAUUCACUCAUUUAUCCAGCCUGAUGAUACACCAGCGAGUUCACACUGGGGAGAGGCCGUACACCUGCUCCGAGUGCGGGAAGGGAUUCACUCAUUCAUCCCCUUUGUUGACGCACCAGAGAGUUCACUCCGGGGAGAGGCCAUACACCUGCUCCGAGUGCGGGAAGGGAUUCACUCAUUCGGCCCCUUUGUUGAGACACCAGCGAGUUCACACUCAGGAGAAGCCGUUCUCCUGCUCCGAGUGCGGGAAGGGAUUUACUGUGUUAUCUAACCUGAUGACUCACCAGAGAGUUCACACCGGGGAGAAGCUGUACACCUGCUCUGAGUGUGGGAAAGGAUUCACUCAGUCGUCACAUUUGCUGAGGCACCAGCGAGUUCACACUGCGGAGAAAGAUUAAACAUGCUGCCAGCUCAAUAUACAACCAUCACUGCUACUGAAAUCUAGCGCAAAUUCACAAGUGUUGCAGGUGUUCACGUGGGUCGGAUUCUGUCGACGCUGCUGAUCUCGCCCAGGAUUGAACCCUGGUCAUUGGGCACAGUUGAUUUUCUUUUGUAAUCUCUUUCAGUGAGUUAGAGUUCAAUUUUCUGGAUCUCUGUUUAAAAUAAAGCAGUUCUGUUUGUAACACUUCAUCUAAGGCCCUUCCUCUCUCUGCAAUGCACACAAUGAACAGUAGAAAGAGAGGCCAUUCAGCCCAUCUGGUGCCUUCCAGUGUUUCUGCUCCACACCAGCCUCCUUCCAUCUCACCCAGUAUGAAUAUUCAGAGGAAUAGAGAGAUGCAGCACAGAAAUGGGCCCUUUGACUCACUGUCUGCACUGAUUAUUGACCAGUCAUUUACUCUGAUCCUACAUUAAUAUAUUUUUAAAAUUCUGCCCACAUUUGCAUUGACCACACCCUGCUUCACCCCCACCACCAGCAGAUUCUACUAAUCACCCACACAUUAGGGACAAUUUACAGGACUUUAAUAACCUUUCAGCCCGCACCUCUUGGGACGUGGGAGGAAACCCUCACAGUAGAGUGUUCUGGGGGCAGCCCGCAAGUAUCGCCAUGCUUCUGGCGCCAACGGAGCACGCCCACAACUUCCUAACCCGUACCUGUUUGGAAUGUGGGAGGAAACCGGAGCACCUGGAAGAAACCCACGCAGACACACGGGGAGAACGUACAAACGCCUUACAGACAGUGGCAGGUCUUUAACUGUAAUAGCGAUACGUUAACUACUGUGCUGAAGGGUCUCGACCCGAACCAUCAGCUCCCCAUCUCCCUCCACAGAAGCUGCCUGACCUGCUGAGUCCUCCAGCAGUUUGACUUGUGCUCUCGGUUGCAGCAUCUGCAGUCUUGUCCCUGUGAACCAUCAGUAGGUCGGAGCUGCCACCUUGGAGAAGUCUGGACAGAAAGAUCGAGGGGAGGUAGCUGGUAUAAAGAGGUGAGGGGGAGGGUUGGCAAAUGAUAGGUGGGUCCUGGUGAGGAGAGGUGAUAGGCAGCUAGAACAUAGAGCAUAGAACACUGCAGCACAGUACAGGCCCUUUGGCCUUCAAUGUUGUGCCAAUAUUUUAUCCUGCUCUAAUAUCUCUGUAAUACUUCCCUCCCACAUAGCCCUCCAUUUCACUCUGUCCUUCAUGUGUCUAUCUAAGAUUCUCUUAAAUGUCCCUAAUGUAUCUCCUGCACAAUCUCUGCCGGCAGUGCGUUCCAAGCACCCACCACUCUCUGUGUAAAAAGCUUACCCCUGACAUCCCCCUUGUACCUUCCUCCAAUCAUCCGAAAAUUAUGUCCCCUCAUGUUAGCCAAAGAAUUUCGUUGCACCCUGGUGUAUGAGACAAUAAUCUAAUUUGAAUUUGAAUCUGAAAUCAGUGGACAAGGUUGGAGGAAGAGCCUGUGAAUCUGUGCCUGAGCUGGAAGGACUGUAUGUCCCUGGGUUGUGGUGAGGGAGGUGUAGAGACAAGUGUUGCUCCUCCUAACAUUGGAGGGCACAGGGAGGGGAUGAGUGAACCAAGGAGUCACAGAGAUAAUGGUCACCUUCUUCCACCUGCCCACCUUCCCCCUCCUCACCGGGUUCCACCUAUCACCUACCAGCCCCUGCCUCACUCCUCCACCUCCCCCCCCCCCCCCACCCCUCCCUCAGCUCUGUAUACUGGCAAUCUCCCUUCCAGUCCUGAUGCAGG